AAUAGCUAUAGUGUCUGAGUGAAUAUAUGAAUGAAUUUCUGGGAAGUACAUACUUUUCUUUGAUUGAAAUAUAAAGAUCGAGAGCUGGUCCAUUAUUAGGAACCAGAUCAAAUAUAUUAUAGUAAAUCCUACUUACACAGAAUUGAUUAAAGAUAGCAGAAUAGGAGUCCUCCAGUGAUGCAGACUGGCAAUAAGAGAUUAAUAAACGCUUUAGAAACAGUUCAGACAGAAAAUACCUCAAAAGACUACAUUAGAAUCUAUGAAGGAGGUUAAAGAUAUGGGUAAAGGACAGCACAUCAAGAAAGACUCAGGAGAGUUAGCAGCUGGUGAUGCUGAAGUAAAUGAUGUACAAGAGGAUGUUCCUCAUUUACCAGAUGGUGGUUGGGGGUGGAUGGUGGUUUUCUCAUCAUUUGUGGUUCAUAUUAUAGCUGAUGGUAUUGUUUACUCAUUUGGAGUAUUUUUUAUUGAAUUUUUAGAGUAUUUUAAAGGAGGAAAAGGAGAAACAGCAUGGGUUGGUUCAUUAGUUCCAGCAGUCACUUAUUCUGUUGGACCUUUAGCAAGUGCUUUGACAAACCGUUAUGGUUGCAGAGUUGUUACUAUGUUGGGUGCAGUCAUAGCAGCACUUGGAUUCAUUAUAAGUUUAUUUGCACCUAAUAUAUAUUAUUUGUAUUUUUCAUUUGGAAUAAUGGCAGGAGUUGGAUUUGGGUUAAUCUAUUUACCAGCUAUUGUAUGUGUUUCUAAUUAUUUUGAGAAGAAAAGAUCAUUUGCUACAGGAUUGGCAGUAUGUGGAUCUGGUUUUGGUACCUUCAUCUUUGCUCCGUUUUCAAAAUGGCUUGUGGAUACAUACACCUGGAAAGGAGCAGUCUUGAUUCAAGGAGGAUUGAUUCUAAAUAUUGUUAUUUGUGGUGCUCUAUUUCGACCUUUAGAAGUUGAAGAAUUAAAAGAACUACUGACAGAUAAAUCAAGUGCAAUUUAUAAACCUCGAAAGUUUGCUCCCCAUUUGAAUUCUGUUGCCUUAUCAAAUAGUCAUCAUCAUCUUCAUGUUCCUAAUACGAAUGGUUCCAUUAAUAAUAGUAAUCUUGCCAGGAGUGAAGGAGCAAUUCAUAAAGUUUCCAAUUCAAUUACAAACUUACAUCAUAUUCGCUAUCAGAGACAAACCUCUCAUGGUUCUACAAUGGUUCAUCCUAUGAUGAGAAAAGAUGUGUUUUAUCAAGCUAGUUUACAGAAUAUACCAAUGUUCAAAUCACAUCCUGAUCUGUAUAUAUCUAGUGUAGUCUCAUUACCAGAAUCACUAGCCGACAAUACAGCUGACUGGAAAUUCUGUAACUGUUGUAAACCUUCAUUAGAAUUUCGAGAUACAAUUCAUCAAAUGUUAGACCUUUCCCUUCUCAAAGAUCCAGUCUUUGUAAUGUUUGCCAUUUCUAAUUUUUUCACCAGUAUUGGAUUUAAUAUGCCUUUCAUAUAUAUUCCUGAUAGAGCAAUAGAAUCAGGAAUUGGAGAUAGCCAAGCUGCCUUUUUAUUGUCUGUGAUAGGUAUUGCUAAUACUAUUGGUCGAGUGUUAUUUGGAUGGCUGUCAGAUCGUCAGGAAGUGAAUCGUUUAAUGUUAUAUAACACAGCUUUAACGAUCUGUGGUGUUGCUACAGCUUUGAGUCCAUUUUGUGGUGGAAGUUACCCAUGGUUGGUUGCAUAUUGUGCUGUUUUUGGAUUAUUUAUUGGUGUGUAUGUGUCAUUGACGUCUGUUGUAUUAGUUGAUUUGUUGGGUUUAGAUAAAUUAACCAACUCCUUUGGUUUACUUCUCUUAUUUCAAGGAGCUGCUACAUUUAUUGGACCGCCUAUGGCAGGGUGGAUGUAUGAUUGGACUGGUAGUUAUGAUAUAAGUUUUAAUGUCAAUGGAGCAAUGAUAGCAUUUAGUGGGGCCAUGUUAUAUUUCAUUCCUCUCUUAAUUCGUCAACAAGGUAGACAUCAAGCUGUUAGUACUGUACAAGAGAUUAAUAUAGAAGAUGGUGAAGUGAUUCCCCCACCAGAGUCACAUGAAUUACGUGAACGUACUAUAUCUGUAUAACAUAUCACUCAAUACUUUCACUGAACUCCAAUAUUUUGAAUUGUCUUACUAUAUAAAUAUUUUAUUCUGUUUGAUAUUGAAUAGAUCCCACCAGAUAAAUGAUUUGGUUCUGUCAGUAUUUAUUUCAUAUGUUAUGAGGAAUAUAGGAAGAGUUUACAAGUUUUCAACUAUGGUACCAAAAGUGAUAUUUUAGUUUGGUUGCUUCUGUAUCAGAAACUGAUUUCCAAUCAAAACUUCAUGACCAGUCUUUAACACGACUUUUGAAUCGUAUGUUGGGAUUUCUUAUUACAAAAUCUAGAAGUUGAUAACUGGUUCAUCCUCUUCAACAAAACCCUGGGUAAUAUAUGGGGUCAUUAUUAUCUAAGUGGAUUCUUAACGUUUAUAGCCAAAUAGAAAUACUUGGACGUCUUUUAAAUUUUCUUUUACUUCUUUCUCUAGUAUUGAUGUAAAUACUUUAAAUCUUUAUUAUAUAGGCGUUUAUUAACGGAUAUAUUUUAACAAUGGCAAUUAUAUAUAUUUUUAUAUUGUUUAAAUGUUCUCAUAGACUAAUCUAUAUUUAAUUAUUCUGGACGUUUCCCAGUGGAAUCUUGAAGUAUUGAAUACUUGUGUCUGGUAUUUGACUAGUUUAACAUUGUAUUAAGAAAAGUCUAGAAUAAUUGUUACCAGUAUGUCAAUGUGAUCUUGAUUCUUAUAGAAUUGAUAAUGAUCAGAACAGCAAUGAUUGUUUUAAUGUUAGUAUAUAUAUAGAAAUCUAUAUAUAUAUUAUGUGAUGUAUUAUUUUUUUCAUUCUAUCUGCACCAUAGACAUAUUAGGCAACAAUCUGUUAUUUUACAUGCAGUAUAUUGAGCUGUGUGAUUAUCAUUUGCUGCUUCAAUCAAAGAUUUUCAAACAUUUACACUAUAUUUUCUUACUUCCCUUUAUAUAACAACAUUUCAGUUGUGAUUUGGAUGUGAAAAUGUUUUUGUUUUUUGUCACGAAUAUACUACAGUCCUUUAGCAAUAUAUCCCAUUAUAAAAUUAGGGGUUAUAUCCCUAUGUAUGGGUUUAAACUAAAUAUGUUUUCACUGUUUGUUACAGUUUAUUGUAGAUGUAAUGUUGUUGUUCAUUAUUAUACUGAAUAAAAUUUAAGCUUUUUAUUCCAG